CUUCGCCAUCACAAAAACUUUCUAAGAACUGUAAAAUUAUUAAAUAAAAAUCUAGUAAAAUGGGCAGUGAAGUUUUCAUGGUUCAAGCUCCUUUAACAAAUAAUGGUACUAUAAUUUAUGGACGUAAUAGUUUAAGCUUUUGCUGUAAGGAAAUUUCAUAUUUUUCGGCGAAUGAAAAUGGAACGACUAAGUUCUCAACUGUCGAAGUAACAUCGACUGGACCAACUUUUGCAUACAUUCUAAAUGGAACUUGCGGAUCCAAUGAAAAAAAUGUCUCAAUUUCUACACUUUUUGCUGAUAAAAAGCCUGAAAAAGGACUCUCAGCACUUGAUCUCACUAAGCUGGUACUCGAACGAGCCGAAAAUGCAGACGGUGCUCUAGAUGUUGUAACAAAAUUGAUCGAAGACUAUAAUGAAGAGGUGUCUGUAGCACAAUAUAGCUUCUUCAUUUGUGAUAUGAAUACUGCGUAUGUCCUAGAUAUAUUUGGAAACUUGUGGGCAGCAGAAAAAAUUACGGAAGCUUUUCGUGCAUUUAGCAAUGGAUUUGGAGUUACGACAAAAAUCGAUAAGAAAUCUGAAAAUUUAGGAGAUAAGCUAAAGGAUCUUGGAUUAUAUGAUGGCAGUGGAGAACUUAAUUUUAGUCAUGCUGUUUCAAUGACUGCUUCUGAAUCGAAGUGGCCAUGUGAGGAGCCAACGAGUGGAUUUAAUGCACAACAAAUGUUUGAGGUACUUAGAUGCUCAGCAGAAAAGUCAUCUCAGGAUAUUGCAUCAAGUUUCGUGGGUGUCUUGAAAGAGCCAAUUUCUGUACAUUGGUUUACUGGAACUGAAAAUCCACGAGAAUCAGUCUUUAAACCAUUUAUAUUCACAUCCGAUGUUCGCAUUUCUCCUUUGACAACUAUAAAGAGCGAGGAAGACGAACCAUUGUUACGACAAUUGCAUUCAAAUCGUAAGUGGGACCAAGUUGGUGAUUUAUUGAAAACUCUAGAAAAGUCAUGCGUAGAUGAGGUUGAUGGCUUUGCAGACAAUGUCCCAACUCCAGAAUUGGAUGAAUUAUUAAAGGAUUGCGUUGAGGCUGAAGUGAAAUUUUAUCGCUAAGCUAAAUACAUGCAUUUCCUCCAACAUUUGUAGCAUUUUAAGCAGCAAAGCAUUUCCAAAACUAGCAAUGCUACGAAAAUAAUGACUGUGCAUUUGAAUACAUUAUUAUAUAUCGCGACCAUUACCAUUGAUAAUUUAUUGCUUAUGAGAUUAUUCUACUUUUUAUACAUCCACAACAUGAUCCCC